CAGACAUUCUCAAUGCAAUGGCCUACAAUACCAAAUAUGUAUUGCUGGGGUUCAUAUACGUAUUCGUAAUUUCAUGUUUUGUUUUUGAAUACAUGUUUUCAAGAAAAUUGAUGCGGGUAACAGAUCACAUGAUAAGCAGUUAUAUAAAAUCGAAUACAAGUGAGAAAUUUAUAAAUACUUCACGAUCGCGACCGAUCAGCAUUGAUUGGAGUGGUAUCAGCAUGACGGCAGUAAACAAUUUGAGGAAAAAAAUUAAGAAAUACUUUGAUGGAAAGUUGGCAGUGAUUGUGUACAAGCGAACUGCGUCGGUGGAUGAUAUGAUAUUCCAGACAAAUGUCACAGAACUAGAAAAAACAAAUGUUACUGAAUAUCUACCGCACCAGGAUACGUGCGCUUUAAUCGGUAACUCUGGAAUUUUAUUAAACAAUUGUUGUGGACGCGAGAUAGACGCGCACGAUAUUGUGGUUCGUGCAAAUUCAGCACCAACUGCUGGCUACGAACGUGACGUUGGGUAUAAAACAAGUUUGAUGAUGUUUAAUAAGGCCUCCUCGCUGGAGGUGAAGAACUCGAUGGGAAGAAAACCUUUACCUAAAUCUAAGAACAAAACACAGAUGUUCAUGGAUUUCAAUGAUACAAUUGUGUGGUACUCCUUGAUGUCAGGUGGUCGUGGUACACAAAUAUUGAAGUCAGCCUUCAGUAAAUUAUCAAGAGAUAAUAUAAGGGUUGCAUACUCCAUCAACCCACCUAUGGCAAUAUCAAAAAGGUGA